AGUUUGCAAAUACGAGUAGCCAUUCUCAUCCACAUCUCCAUAGCGUGCGGAAACUCCCUCAGAGAGUGGAGAACAUCUUCCCGAGAAGUAGAACUUGCAUUUGGUUCGAUCUAGCGAGUUGAACCAAGAGUAAAACUCUCUCACCAUGUAGCACCCCUUGCUCCUGCUGUCCUAGGCCCACAAAUCCUUCAAUUUAGUCACAACGCGUAGAUAAAGGUGCGAAAAAAGGUUCAACAUAUUCUAAGGCAUCAUUGUCCAUAACCAAUCCAACGACCAACGCCAAAUAAAAUCAUAUAUUCUCAUUAGUGACUAAAAUGUAUUUAAGCUUUAAUUAAGGAGUAUAGUAUUUCACUUUACGUUGCCAAAUCCUGCUAAAUUAGAUACACGCAACGCAAUGGUCAUGGUGCCGUCUGCAUAUAAAAGCACGACCCACCUCGAGUUCCUCGGGUUCUGUUAAGCAAAAAGCGUUAUAGCCAGCGAAGCACAGAGAGAGAGAGAGAGAGAGAGAGAGAGAGAGGGAGAGGGCACAACACAAACCACGCCAUCUCUGGUUUCGUCUCCGUGGUCAAGAGAGGUUCCUCUCAAAAUGGUGGACCCUUACGUGCUCGGAUGGGCCAUUUGCACCGUGCUCACCCUCAUUGCUCUCUACAAUUUGGUUUUCCCACGGACCGCUUCUUCCUCCUCCGAUGCCGCCACCACCACUCAGACCACGGAGAACAUCACAACGGCCUCCGGUGAAUGCAGAUCCUUCAACCGCAACGCCAACAUUGACGUCAUUGUCGUCGGAGCUGGUGUCGCUGGCGCCGCUCUCGCUCACACUCUCGGCAAGGAUGGGCGUCAAGUACUUGUCAUUGAAAGAGAUCUGACUGAACCAGACCGGAUUGUUGGAGAGUUGCUACAACCUGGAGGCUAUCUCAAAUUAAUUGAACUGGGACUUGAAGAUUGUGUGGAGAAAAUUGAUGCGCAGCAAGUCUUUGGAUAUGCGCUUUUCAAGGAUGGAAAACACACACGACUCUCUUAUCCCUUGGAAAAGUUUCACUCAGAUAUUGCUGGCAGAAGCUUUCACAAUGGGCGUUUUAUUCAGAGGAUGAGACAGAAAGCUGCCUCCCUUUCCAAUGUACAUUUGGAGCAAGGAACAGUUACUUCCCUACUUGAAGAGAAGGGUACAAUUAAAGGUGUGCAGUACAAAACAAAAGAUGGUCAGGAAUUAUCAGCGUGGGCUCCUCUUACCAUUGUUUGUGAUGGCUGUUUCUCAAACUUGCGUCGCUCUCUUUGUAAUCCUAAGGUAGAUGUUCCCUCUUGUUUUGUUGGCUUAGUUUUGGAGAAUUGUGAACUUCCAUGUGCAAAUCAUGGGCACGUCAUACUGGGAGAUCCUUCACCAGUUCUAUUCUAUCCUAUAAGUAGUACAGAGGUUCGCUGCCUGGUUGAUGUUCCUGGUGAGAAAGUUCCAUCUAUUUCCAAUGGUGAAAUGGCCAAGUAUUUGAAGACAGUGGUAGCUCCCCAGGUUCCCCCUGAGAUUUAUGAUGCUUUCAUAGCUGCAGUGGACAAAGGCCACAUAAGAACAAUGCCAAACAGAAGCAUGCCAGCAGCUCCUUUUCCUACUCCCGGAGCGCUUCUAAUGGGAGAUGCAUUCAACAUGCGCCAUCCUCUGACGGGUGGUGGAAUGACUGUGGCAUUAUCUGAUAUAGUGGUGCUGCGAAAUCUUCUCAAGCCUUUGCGUGACUUGAAUGAUGCACCCAAGCUAUGCAAAUACCUUGAAUCCUUCUAUACCCUGCGUAAGCCUGUGGCAUCCACCAUAAACACGUUGGCAGGAGCCCUUUACAAGGUUUUUUGCGCAUCACCUGAUCCGGCACGGAAGGAAAUGCGCCAAGCUUGCUUCGAUUAUCUGAGUCUUGGAGGUUUGUUCUCAGAAGGGCCAGUCUCUUUGCUUUCAGGAUUAAACCCUCGGCCCUUGAGCUUGGUUCUCCAUUUCUUUGCCGUUGCAAUAUAUGGGGUUGGCCGUUUACUCCUACCAUUUCCUUCCCCUAAACGCAUAUGGAUUGGACUCAGAUUAAUCACUAGUGCAUCUGGAAUCAUCUUGCCCAUUAUUAAGGCAGAAGGAGUUCGGCAGAUGUUCUUCCCUGCAACUGUACCAGCUUAUUACAGAACUCCGCCGACUGCAUGAAAAAUUGAAAAUUGAUCUCAAGAUGAGCUAGCCAUGUUUUCCUUCAGAAAUCUAAAUGAUUCUGGUGAGACAAUCUGGCUUCAGUCUGGGUCCUUUGUAUAUUGCCGGUUUUUGUAAUGAAUUUUUCAAUUUAAAGUGCCCCUUUCAUUUCGAAGUUGGUUGAUAGUAGUGUGCUAUGUGCCCUCAAUCCUCAUAAUUGAUUUAACCUCACCCAAAUGGACCAAUUAGAUCAUUUAAGAUGCUCAUGAGUAGGUGCGGCAUCUUACUUUAAUGAAAAAAAAACAUAAAUAAGUGAAGAUCUGCAUUCUAGAGUCACUAAGAGCAUCUCCAAUGGAGUCCUUAUUUUGGGAUCUUAAAAUAAGAUUCGGAUCUUAUUAGAUUUCACCAUUUGAGUUAUCCUACAUGGCAUGAGAUCUUAGCUUUUGCUAAGAUCCGUGCUUUAGCUCAGGUCCUCUCAAAUCUGAGAUCUUAAAUAAAAUCUGAGAUUCAGUCUGGGUCCUUUGUAUAUUGCCGGUUUUUGUAAUGAAUUUUUCAAUUUAAAGUGCCCCUCUCAUUUCAAA